UACACGCUCACUCCAGUGCUGCAGGACUGCAUGAGAGCGACGUGCUUCCAAACAGAGAUAAUAUCCCUACCAGCAUCCAUCUUCGGGGCAACAGAGCCAUCACUUGCAGGCUGUUAACGGCACUAUGGCACAAGCCGCCAAACAUCUGCGCAAGAAUAAGGAUUUAGAAGCUCUCGCCGAGCAAGAAAGGAAGGAAAAGGAGGAGGAGAAGGCAAAGAAAAGGAGCCGCUCACGGGAUAAAAAGCGCAAGGGCGAUGUUGCCACCAGUUUCCUCCGCGCAGCUCGCUCGGGUAAUCUGGAUAAGGCUCUUGACCACAUCAAGAAUGGGAUAGACAUCAACACAGCCAAUCAGAAUGGACUCAAUGGGCUGCAUUUGGCCUCGAAAGAAGGCCAUGUUAAAAUGGUGCUGGAACUCCUGCACCAUGGUAUUGUACUUGAGACGACCACAAAGAAAGGAAAUACUGCUCUUCACAUUGCUGCAUUAGCUGGACAAGAACAAGUCGUCACAGAGCUUGUCAACUAUGGAGCCAACGUCAAUGCUCAGUCCCAGAAGGGCUUCACUCCGCUCUACAUGGCUGCACAAGAGAAUCACAUGGAGGUUGUGAAGUUUCUCCUGGACAAUGGAGCCAAUCAGACUAUUCCAACUGAGGAUGGCUUUACCCCUCUUGCUGUGGCUCUUCAGCAGGGUCAUGAGAAUGUGGUGGCCCUGCUCAUCAACCACGGUACAAAGGGCAAGGUCCGCCUUCCCGCACUGCAUAUCGCUGCCCGAAACGAUGACACCCGAACUGCCGCUGUACUAUUACAGAAUGACCCAAACCCUGAUGUCUUAAGCAAGACAGGCUUCACACCACUCCAUAUAGCGGCCCACUAUGAGAACCUGAAUGUAUCUCAGCUUCUCCUAAACAGAGGUGCUGAUGUGAACUUCACACCCAAGAAUGGGAUCACACCUCUACAUAUUGCAUCAAGAAGAGGAAAUGUUAUCAUGGUUAGACUUCUGCUUGACCGAGGAGCAAAAAUUGAUGCUAAGACUAAAGAUGAGUUGACUCCUCUUCACUGUGCUGCCAGAAAUGGCCAUGUAAGAAUAAUCGAGAUCCUUCUGGACCAAGGAGCCCCAAUACAUGCCAAGACUAAAAACGGCCUGUCACCCAUACAUAUGGCAGCCCAGGGCGAACAUUUAGACUGCAUCAGACAGCUGUUACAGUACAAUGCAGAGAUUGAUGACAUCACUCUAGAUCACCUCACACCACUGCAUGUGGCGGCACACUGUGGACAUCAUCGUGUGACCAAAGUGCUCCUGGAUAAAGGAGCCAAGCCAAACACCCGUGCUCUGAAUGGCUUUACGCCUCUCCACAUUGCCUGUAAGAAGAACCACAUGCGUGUAAUAGAUCUGCUGUUAAAGCAUUCUGCAUCGCUGGAAGCUGUUACAGAGUCCGGGUUGACCCCACUGCAUGUGUCCUCCUUUAUGGGUCAUCUGAAUAUAGUGAAGAUACUGAUGCAGAAAGGUGCUUCCCCGCACGCCUCAAAUGUGAAAGUGGAAACACCUCUGCACAUGGCAUCUCGAGCAGGUCAUUGUGAAGUUGCAGAUUUCCUCUUACAAAAUGCAGCCCCAGUUGACGCUAAAGCCAAGGAUGACCAGACACCACUACACUGUGCUUCCCGCAUGGGCCACAACGAGAUGGUGAAGCUGCUCCUGGAGCACAAGGCCAACCCCAACUCCACCACCACAGCUGGACACACCCCACUGCACAUCACUGCCCGUGAGGGGCACACACAAACUGCCAGCAUCCUACUUGACAUGAAUGCCCAGCUUACCAAAAUGACCAAGAAAGGCUUCACUCCCCUUCAUGUGACAGCCAAAUAUGGAAAGGUAGAUGUAGCAGCGCUGUUUUUAGAGAGAGGGGGUAACCCAAAUGCUGCAGGCAAGGUUGGACUCACACCAUUACACGUGGCUGUCCAUCAUAACAACCUGGAUGUGGUCAAUCUGUUGCUCAGUAAAGGUGGAUCACCACACAGUGCAGCUCGGAAUGGCUAUGCUCCGCUCCAUAUUGCUUCCAAGCAGAACCAGGUAGAGGUGGCCAGCAGUCUUCUGCAGCAUGGAGCCUCUGCCAAUGCUGAGUCACUACAAGGGGUCACACCCUUACACCUCGCCUCCCAGGAGGGUCAACCAGACAUGGUGUUGUUGCUCAUCUCUAAACAGGCGAAUGUAAAUCUGGGCAACAAGAGUGGACUGACCCCCCUACAUCUUGUAGCUCAGGAAGGGCAUGUUGGCAUUGCUGAUGUACUGGUGAAGCAUGGGGCGUCUGUCUAUGCUGCCACCCGGAUGGGCUAUACUCCGCUUCACGUGGCUUGUCAUUAUGGCAAUAUCAAGAUGGUUAAGUUCCUUUUACAGCAACAGGCCAAUGUAAACUGCAAAACCAGGAUGGGGUAUACACCGCUACAUCAGGCUGCUCAACAGGGCCAUACGGACAUAGUGACACUGCUCCUGAAGCAUGGAGCACAGCCCAAUGAAAUCACACCAAACGGCACAUCUGCUCUUGCCAUUGCAAAGCGCCUUGGAUACAUCUCAGUCAUUGAUGUGCUCAAACUUGUCACUGAAGAGACGGUUACCAUGACCACCACAGAAAAACAUCGCAUGAGUUUCCCAGAGACAGUUGAUGAGAUCUUGGAUGUAUCUGAAGAUGAAGGUAUUGCACAGCUAACGUUAGGCGAGGAGCUGCUGGGGACCGAGGGUGCCAGGUACAUGAAGAUGGAGGACAUGAAGGACCAUGAUGAGGAUUUCCUGUCCCCCAAGAAAGUUCUAGAGAAUCAUUCUCCUGCUAUUCCACGGAUCCCAUGUGUGUCUCCUGAAACGGUAAUGCUUAAAGAAUAUGACCUGGAACAGCAGCACACUCCACUCCCUUUGCCCAAGGAGUAUGAUGAGGAUUCCCUGAUCCCCAGCAGUCCGGCCACAGAGACAUCAGACAAUGUCAGUCCAGUCGCGAGCCCCAUCCACACUGGUUUCCUGGUGAGUUUCAUGGUGGAUGCUCGCGGUGGCUCCAUGCGAGGGAGUAGACAUAACGGCCUGCGCGUCAUCAUACCUCCACGCACCUGUGCUGCACCUACACGCAUCACCUGCCGCCUGGUGAAGCCUCAAAAACUUGCGACACCACCUCCUCUGGUCGAGGGCGAGGGGCUCGCCAGCCGUAUCAUCUCGCUUGGUCCAGCCAGCAUGCAGUUCUUAGGGCCUGUGAUUGUGGAGAUUCCCCAUUUUGCUGCGCUUGGUCGGGGAGAUCGUGAGCUUGUAGUCUUGAGGAGUGAGAACGGCUCAGUCUGGAAGGAACAUCGGAAUCGUUAUGGUGACGAGGUCCUGGAGACCAUUCUCAAUGGCAUGGAUGAAGAUCUUGAGAGCCAGGAGGAACUCGGGAAGAAGAGGAUCAGACGUAUCAUCUCCACUGACUUCCCUCUUUACUUUGCCGUGGUGUCCCGCAUCCAGCAGGAGAAUGACCUGAUUGGCCCAGAGGGGAGUUUUCUCACUAGCAAGCUAGUGCCCAUGGUCCAGGCCAGCUUUCCUGAGAUGGCCGUCACCAAGCGGGUUCGUCUCGGACUGCAGGCCCAGCCAGUCCCUGAUGAACUGGUGGCCAAGCUCUUGGGGAACCAGGCCACUUUCAGUCCUGUGGUGACCGUAGAGCCUCGCCGACGCAAGUUCCACCGCCCCAUUGGCCUGAGGAUGCCUCUGCCUCCAUCCUGGAGGAAGAGUCCAAGGGAUGCUGGCGAGGGUGACACCACCAGCCUCCGCCUGCUGUGCAGUGUCAUUGGUGGCACAGCUCCUGCUCAAUGGGAAGAUAUAACUGGCACCACCAAACUUAUGUAUGCCAAUGACUGUGCCAGUUUCACAACCAAUGUGUCUGCCCGUUUCUGGCUGGCAGACUGUCCUCGGACAGCAGAGGCUGUAUCCUUUGCCAACAUUCUGUACCGUGAGCUGUCAGCUGUGCCAUACAUGGCCAAGUUUGUGGUUUUUGCAAAGAUGAAUGAAGCACGGGAGGGUCGACUCCGCUGUUACUGCAUGACUGAUGACAAAAUGGACAAAACUUUGGAGCAGCAUGAGAACUUUACUGAAGUGGCCCGUAGCAGAGACAUUGAGGUCAUGGAGGGGAUGCCGCUGUACUUGGAGUGUUCAGGAAACUUGGUUCCCAUAAGGAAAGCUGCCCAGCAGCCACGUUGUUUUAGCUUCCAAGCUUUCAAAGACAACAGACUGCCAGUGUCUGUCAAGGUGAGGGACAGCAGUAAAGACCACUCUGGCUUUUUGUCUUUUUUGCGCAAAUCCACCAAAUAUGAAGAUUGUCAACAUGUGCUGUGUAACCUUAAUGUUACCAUGCCGCCAUGCAUUAAGAUCAUAGGAACUGAUGACCGAAGAAGGACUCUAACUCCUUUAGCUCUGAGGGAAAGAUACAGUGCUCUAAAUGAGCCAGCCAUGGCAUCACUGAGCGCCAUGGAAAGGACGGAGUUAAAGAUGGCUUUAAUAGCUGAACAGCUAGGCCUGAGCUGGGCUGAGUUGGGACGUGAACUGCAGUUUAAUGUAGAUGAAAUAAAUAAGAUUCGAGUGGAGAAUCCCAACUCCCUUUUAGAGCAGAGCUCAACACUGCUCAACCUGUGGGCAACUCGAGAGGGAAAGAGAGCUAAAAUGGACAGCCUGUACAUGGCUCUGAAGAGCAUUGACCGAGUGGACAUUGUGAACGUGCUGGAGGGCCAGGGACCACCAACAGGCCAGCAGGGCUGUUGGGAGCAAGAGGCUUCCAGGUCCAGACAUCACGACCAAGACCAUCUAUCUCCUAGCAUCACAAAUGGUUACGGACUGGUGGUGCAGGAGGAACUAGUUUCACCGGCCUCCAUGCAGUACAGUCUACCUUCGCCACUAGGCAAUGAGCCAUAUUGGCAGGAAGUGUCAAGCAUGGAGUGUGCACCCAUUGCAACCACAGAAGAGGACACACUCAUGGAGAUGUCUGAGGUACAGGUUUGGCCCACUGGCAAUAGUCCUUCUAUUGUGGCUGUGGAGGACUCCUCUCUGGAGUGCAGUAAUGCUGAUGACUCUGAGGCACUUCUAAACAGGAGCAUUUGCCACUCCAGGAAUGGUAGUCCUGGUGGAAAUGGACCAGUGAGGCUUGCCGAUCAGGAAGGGUUAAGUGGCUCCAUCGAGCUUCUUGAGGAUCAAUCCAUUGGGGCAGACUCAGAUUACAGUGCUGCUGGGAUGCACUGCCUGAGUGGAGGGGUCAACAUCAAUGCUCUGGACAGAGGUCAUUGGUUGGAGAGGACGGAAGGGGCUGUAGGUGAAGAAGUCAACAACAUUAAAGACAGUUCCAAUGGUGGGUUGGGAGAAGUUGGCAUAAGCUUAGAAGAUAGCAUAUCUCUUGUUUCAGGACAACAUCAAAUAUAUGCUCGACUGAGUGAGUCACCUGGGCUAAGAAGACGGGCAGAUAAUGGUGAUGACAGGUUAAGUGGUGGGUCCUUCCUGUCAUACAUACAGGAUCAGGGGGCUCCUGGUUGGCACUCUGCCCCAGAACCAACUCCGAGUAGGGUGGGGUCUCUCUCGUGCUCCCUUCCUAGACAGGCCAUUGAAUCUAUGAUGUCAUCAGUGCGAGCUGCAGUGGAUUGUGAUUCUAAACAGUCUUGCCUAGGCCAGGAAUCCCUAAUUGAACCAGUGCGGGAUAUAGGGCAUGCUGAGUUUAUCCACGGGCAUUAUCAGGGAACACAGCCUUUUGAGAAAGGACUAGGCUUCCCACAUAGAACAGCUAACAUUCGAGGUUGGGAGGACAUGCGUCUAAGAGGGCAGGGUGAUGAGGCAGAUGAUCAACCAGGAGAGCAAGUGAGCGAGGAGCAAUUUACAGACGAGCAUGGCAACAUCGUCACCAAAAAGACUGUAAGGAAGGUGGUCCGGAGAGGAAAAGGGGAGGAGGGGGUUCAGGAGCUCAUCAUAGAAGGGCAGCCGCAGAAUAUCACAGAGCCAGAUGUUGAUGGAGAGCAGUAUAUGAGCUAUGCCAUCCUGGGCCGUGACAGCAAGCCGGAUGUUAUGGAUGUGAAGAGGGGAGGUUCUCAAAUAGUGAAAUGUGCAAGUCUGCGGAGAGUUAAGCAGUGAGUGUGACUCACUCCUCCCUGCAGGACUUGUCACGCAAACCAUCCUUCACUGACACAUGAUGGGUGUCAAAUAAAGAAGACAACAGAACUAGACCGCUGGCAAUAGGCAAUGGAAAUCAACUAUGAAAACAGAUUUUAGGACUUUUUUUAAACAAGCAAAUUAAAACACUAGAGGCAUGAUUUCUUAUAAAACAAAACCAAAUAAUGAAAAAAAGCAAGCAUAUGAGAAGUGCUUCCUGUAAUCUCAAUAUUAGCAUGUGAAAGUGCUGUUGCAUGGCCUGCCUUUACAUACAGCACUGACUGCAAGCAAUUAUGAGAAUCCAGGCUGAUUAAAAGGAAGAUGAGAUAAUAGUGGCAUACCGCAAGGGCUGUAAACAUGGAGGGUGGAAGGACUUUGGCUAACCAGAAGCAUAUACGCCUAAGCCCUGGAUUGCUGUGAAACCAAGACAUCUUUGUUUUGGGAGAAACUAAUUAUAGUGAAAUCCUGCAACAGUUUUGACCUAAAUUUCGUCUUCCAACUGAACUCAGAACAGUGGAAGUAAGUCCAGAACACACUUCUGAAAUAAUUUCAAACAGGGAGCUGUUUGUCCCUCUUGUACUGUUAUUAUACAUAAUAUGCACUGAAAUAUGAUGUGUGCGUGUGUGCGCGCGUGCGUGCGUGUGUGUGUAUUCUUUUUGACGGCCAAAAAAUCAAACAGCCUAUGCGAUAAUUAUGCUGCUGUUUCAAUACUUGCUCCAGAGUUCUUGUUCAGUUUAAUCAUACAUGUCUUAUGUAUUGUAAAGGUGUAAUUGUGUAGCAAAUGCACUUUUUAGAAAUGAGCUGUAAUGUUCUGUAAAGGUGUAUUCUAGGCUCAAGGGUUACAAUUUGUGCAGUUUAAAUAUGGGGAGACAGUACAUUGGACAUACAUUAAAAUUACUUUAAGGCCAUAUACUAUAUGUACAUAUGUGUGUAUAUAUGUGUGUACAUAUCAUUUUCAGUAUUGCAUCAACUUAUGUUCAAUAUUAAUUACAUACCUCUGUGUCAUAUGAAUCUCGAGCUUCCUUUUUAAUAACUUGAUAAGAACAGAGAAGCAUAUUAACAUUAUAUUAACAUUAUGAACAUUUUAGAACCAUUCAAAAUUUGCAGUACAUUGUCAUGUAUAGCAGAUUAUUCAGAUAUGGAGAUAUACAUUAGUGGAAGUGGACUCUUCUGUAUAUCCUUGUGAGUGGGGAAAAAAGCAAUGAAAAUAAUUUUUUGUCAGUUCAAACUAAAAAUAUCAGUAAGUAUAUAAUUUCAAUAAAUAUCAUGCAAUUUAUAUAUAUAUAUAUAUAUGUGAUGAUGUGUGUGUGUGUGUGUGUGUGUGUGUGUGUGUGUGUGUGUGUGUGUGUGUGUGUUUAUAACUUUGUGGGGACAAAAUGUUUUGAAAAUGUAAAAAAGAUGGAAACACCAUGUGUGUGCGUGUGUGUGUGCGUGUGUGUGUAUGUGUGUGUGUGUUUUAGUUAUUUUAGUUAGUUUUAACUUAACUAUACAAUGCGCAUAUUAAGACUGGCUGUAAAGAGUAAUUUAUUACAAAAAUAAAUAACCAAAAUUGUGUCACAAUCAGCCUAUAAGCACUAAUAGCCCCAUGCAAUUAGUGCUUUUAGCACACUAGUUGCAGUGUGGAAAUCAGUGUGGAUUUGAUAGAUUUUGGCUGUUUCUACAAUGAAUUUACCAAAGCCACAGCCUUCAAAAUAACUUUUGUUCAUCAUAAUGUUCAAUAAUGUAAGUGCAUAUUCGGUAACACUUUACAAUAAGGUUUAGUAAGUGCAUUAGUUAUCAUGAACUAACAAUGAACAACAAUUUUUAAAUCAUUUAUUAAUGAUGAUUAAUGUUAAUUUAUAAAAACCGAAUUAUUCUUGGUUAGAUCAUGUUAGUUCAUUAUGCAUUAAUUAAUGUUAACAAAUACAACUUUAGUUGUUAUUAAAGUGUUACUGAAUUUUCUUUAAAAAUGUCAUCAAAUCUUCUAAAAGAAUUAGUGUUGUUAAACCAUGUCGCUUUGGUAAGAAACUAAAAAUAAAUGUAUAUGUGGAGUUACUUUAGAAAUGGGAAUAUAUGUCAAUUACAUUGUUUUGACAAAUUGGUUCUUGGGGUUCCAAUAAUUGUGACACUUGUGUGUGUGUGUGUGUGUGUGUGUGUGUGUGUGUGUGUGUGUGUGUGUGUGUGUGUGUGUGUGUGUGAGCGUGUAUUUAUCACUUUGUGGGGAACAAAUGUCCCCAUAAAGAUAGUAAAAGCUGAAAUGUUUGACCUUGUGGGGACAUUUUGUCGGUCCCCAUGAGGAAAACAGCUUAUAAAUCAUACUAAAUUAUGUUUUUUGAAAAUGUAAAAAUGCAGAAAUUUUUCUGUGAGGGUUAGGUUUAGGGGUAGGGUUAGGUUUAGGGGAUAGAAUAUAAAGUUUGUACAGUAUAAAAACCAUUAUGUCUAUGGAAAGUCCCCAUAAAACAUGGAAACACUACGUGUGUGUGUGUGUGUGUGUGUGUGUGUGUGUGUGUGUGUGUGUGUGUGUGUGUGUGUGUGUGUGUGUGUGUGUGUGUGUGUGUGUGUGUGUGUGUGUAUUAGGGCUGUCAAU